AUGUUUAGAAAAUUUUCAAAAGAAGACGUACACUCGAGAUCCAACGUUAAGUCGUCGGUUCAGCGUACGCUCAAGACCAAAUUGGUUAAACAAUUCCCCAAAUUGGAACCGGUGAUUGAUGAAUUGGUACCAAAGAAAAGUCAGGUCGAACUGAUCAAAUGCGAGGACAAAAUCCAGCUGUAUUGCGUCGAUGGAGAAGUGCUGUUCUUUCAAAAUUUCGACGAGUUGAUUCCAACCCUGAAAUUCGUACAUCGAAUCCCAGAGGCAUUUCCGACAAUCCAAGUCGAUCGGGGCGCCAUCAAGUUCGUUUUGUCUGGUGCAAACAUUAUGUGCCCUGGUCUAACUUCUCCAGGUGCUCAGUUGCCAGAGGCGCCAGGGUUCGAAAAUGAUGCGCUCGUUAUCAUUAAGGCCGAAAACAAAGAAAGCGCCUUGGCUGUCGGAAGGCUACUCAUGAGCACCGAGGACAUCAAGUCGGUCAAUAAAGGUCACGGUGUUGAACUCAUUCACCACUUGGGCGAUUGCUUGUGGAACUUUUCAGUUGAGUAA